AUAAUUCAAUCGACAAGAAAAAGAUAUAGUAACUAAGAAUAUCAUCCGAUCGGCAUCCAAGCAAACUUGUAAACUUUGGAUUAUUGGACUCGGACGUGUAACUUGGGGUAUUUUGGCCAAUAUGUCGGGCCAGUCCAGGAAUUCUUGGAUAAAAAAAGAUGAUCCUAAGCUUGUUUCUGGCAAGCAGAAAGAUAUAUUUGAGGACAUUCUGGAGGACCGCAGGCACUCCAGUGACGCAAAGUGGGCGUGGCACGCUCGAGAUGUUCCUCUGUAUAAAUACAACAAAGCUAGAUCUCCAGAGGAGAUAAAGAAACAAGUCAUACAGAGCGAUAGAGUCAAAUAUGCCAUAGAACAGGUCUGUGAAGAAAGUGGGUUGCCCUUGGAGGAGAUUCACAAGCAAACGAUGGAGAUCGUGAAUGAAAUGGCUCACAACUUGAGCAUCAAUGCCAUUAGGGGUUUCGCAGUGUUCCUGGUAAAAGUGAUGAAGGCUCUCUUUAGGAGAAUUUAUGUCAAUGAAGAAGGCAUUCAGAAGGUUCGCAGUACAAUCAAGGAAUACCCGGUCCUAAUCAUGCCCACACACAGGAGUUACUUUGACUUUCUGCUUGUCUCAUUUGUUUUCUUCGCCUAUGAGCUACCAUUACCUGUUAUUGCUGCAGCCAUGGACUUCAGCAGUAUGAAGUUUUUUGGCUGGUUGUUAAGGAAUUGUGGCGCUUUCUACAUCCGUCGUAGUUUCGGGGAUGACCAGUUGUACUGGGCUGUGUUCACAGAGUACGUGCAGACUCAGAUCUGUAACGGAGAUCACCCAGUUGAGUUCUACGUGGAGGGAACACGCAGUCGAACACUCAAAUCUUAUUCUCCAAAGUUUGGUAUGCUCUCAGCCUCCUUAGAGCCCUAUUUUAAGGCACACAUUCCUGAUAUUAUGGUGUUCCCAGUCAGCAUAAGCUAUGACAAGGUUCUAGAAGAGACUCUGUAUGCAUAUGAACUACUUGGAGUUCCUAAACCCAAAGAAUCAACAGGGGCUUUAUUAAAGGCAAGAAAUAUUUUAAAUGAAGAUUUUGGAAACGUUCAUAUGUACUUUGGAGAACCCAUCUCAAUUAGACAAUACACAACAGGAAAAAUUGACAGAAGUGUUCAUAGUUUAGCUCCAAGGUACAUAGCAAGUCUGUCCAAGGAAGAAACUGAACUUCUCAAAACCCUGGGCUAUGAUGUAGUCAUGAAGCACCUGAAACACAUGGUUAUCUCCCCCUGGUCCCUAAUCGCCUCUGUCCUGGUUCAGAACAAAGAGGGCAUCACAGUCAAACAGCUGACCAGGGAGGUGGAGUGGAUCAAACGGCAGGCCUUCAACCUAGGGGCCUAUAUUGAUUGGCCAGGCAAUGAAACAGCAGACGACAUCAUCAGAAGUGCUCUGUUUCUACACAAGAACUUUGUUGAGGUGACUCCAGAGGACGUGAUUCAGCUGGUCUCCGUGGCAGCGCCACAUCAGAAGGGUCAGGACGAACUGAUGCAGUCCGCCGCCCAACACAUGGUUCUCACUCUCUACAGAAAUCAACUCAUGCAUGUCUUUGUCCGAAUUGCUAUGGUUACCAUCAGUAUUAAUGCUUGUCCAAAUGAUACUCUGGAUAUAGAUGAACUUUUUACAAAAUACUUCUUCCUAGAGCAGCUCCUAAAUAGAGAUUUCAUAUUCAGGCCUGGUAGUACUAAACAGGACUUUGAAAAUGCAUUGUUGACUCUGACUCAUAACUGUGGAGUAGUCAUAGAAGACAACCAAGUCCAGAUCAAGAAGUCCCAAAAUAAAUACACCACUUUCUUUAGUCAGAUGUUUGAACCUUUCUUAUUAGGAUACUGGAUUCUCGGUCGCUGCAUUUUAUCCACUCAAAUUGAUGUUCACAACAAACCAAUAGCCAAGCCGAUAAAGACAAUAUCCCGAGAAGCUCAGUCAUUGGGAGCUCGUUUGUUACGGGAGCGAUGUAUUCGUAAUCUAGAAGUUCUUUCUCUUGACCUACUAGGCAAUGGGCUUCAUGCUUUGCUGCAUAUGGGGGCAGUGAAAAAGGAGAGAAGAGAUGGACAGCCUUACAUGUACCCCAACACUAUUGUUUUAACCAAUAUCUGCGCACAGAUAGAAACAUUUAUUGAAGUUCCUCGAAUUCCAACAACAAGUAUCAAUGUUGAGUCGAAGACAGUUGUCAUUACUGCCAAACUGUAACGUUACUGACAAUCUUUGAAACUGUAACUUUACUGACAAUCUGUGACUGACAGGAAACAUUGACAGUUUGUAAUUGGUGAUUACUUUAACAAAUGCAUGUACAAGUACAUAUAUUGCUGAUGAACUUAUUUCACAAAAAAAAAAUCUGUCUCAAAGAUUCUUAUACGCCUACAUGUCUUCAAAUGAUAGCCGGAGUUAUUAUGUCUGUUACACUGAUUACACACUUGAUGGAGGCAAUCAUGAUUUUUUUAUGAAAUGUUAUCAGCACAUUUAUUACCAUUUUUUUUAUGGGACAUGAUGUUUUUUUCCAGCUUUCAAGAAUGGCUUUAUUCACAUAUGUGGUUCAUGACUGUAUAUGAUAAAUUUGGGCAUUGUUACAAUAGUAAUCAUGGCAAUGUUAAAGUGUUUACAAACACUGGUUCUGUGACAAUGUGUGCUUGGACAUUAUACUGUUUUGCUUAUGUUCAGCAAGGCAUAGCCACUCUUUAAGUUUAUUUACAUGUAACAUGUUUUUGACUUGUCAAAUUUACUGUAGCUUUCUUUAAUUUGAAGUAAAUGGAUACAGAAUAUA